UGUCCUAGGCGGCGGCGUUGGCGGCGGCGGCCCCUGCGCGAUGGCGGGGGCGGCGGGGCUCAUGGCCGAAGUGAGCUGGACGGUCUUGGAGCGAAGAGCCCGGGCCAAGCGCUCAGUUUUGAAAAUUGCUGUAGUUUAGCCUGUGACGCUUAUGAUUAGAGCCAACAAUCUGAAAUGGCCAGCUCACCUGCUGCAGUCGCCUCUUCUCCACCAGCUUUCUUAAGGUCUGGCUCAGUUUAUGAACCUCUUAAAAGCAUUAAUCUUCCAAGACCUAAUAAUGAAACUCUGUGGGAAAAGCUGGAUCAUUAUUACAGAAUUGUCAAGUCAACAUUACUGCUGUAUCAAAGUCCGACCACAGGUCUCUUUCCCACGAAAACCUGCGGUGAUGAUCAGAAGGCCAAGAUCCAGGACAGCCUGUACUGCGCUGCCGCGGCCUGGGCCCUGGCUCUGGCCUACAGGCGCAUUGAUGAUGACAAGGGAAGAACCCAUGAGCUGGAACAUUCGGCCGUCAAAUGUAUGAGAGGAGUUCUCUACUGCUACAUGCGGCAGGCCGAUAAGGUCCAGCAGUUUAAGCAAGAUCCACGGCCAACAACGUGUCUUCAUUCUGUGUUCAACGUGCAAACAGGUGAUGAGAUCCUCUCCUGUGAGGAGUACGGUCACCUUCAGAUAAAUGCGGUCUCACUCUAUCUCCUUUACCUUGUGGAAAUGAUCUCCUCUGGACUUCAGAUAAUCUAUAACACUGAUGAGGUCUCUUUUAUUCAAAACCUUGUGUUUUGUGUAGAAAGAGUUUACCGUGUGCCUGACUUUGGUGUCUGGGAAAGGGGAAGCAAAUACAAUAAUGGCAGCACAGAGCUACAUUCGAGCUCUAUUGGCUUAGCAAAAGCAGCUCUGGAAGCAAUUAAUGGAUUUAACCUCUUUGGCAACCAGGGCUGCUCUUGGUCGGUUAUUUUUGUGGACCUCGACGCUCACAAUCGCAAUAGGCAGACUUUGUGCUCACUGCUCCCCAGAGAGUCAAGAUCUCACAACACAGAUGCCGCCCUGCUCCCCUGCAUCAGUUAUCCUGCAUUUGCCCUGGAUGAUGAAGCUCUGUUUAGCCAGACACUUGACAAAGUGGUUAGAAAAUUAAAAGGAAAAUAUGGAUUCAAGCGUUUCUUGAGAGAUGGGUAUAGAACAUCAUUGGAAGAUCCCAACAGACGCUACUACAAACCAGCUGAAAUUAAGCUAUUUGAUGGCAUUGAAUGUGAAUUUCCCAUAUUUUUCCUUUACAUGAUGAUUGAUGGAGUUUUUAGAGACAAACCCAAACAAGUAAAGGAAUAUCAGGAUCUUCUGACUCCUGUGUUGCAUCAGACCACAGAAGGUUAUCCUGUUGUACCAAAGUACUAUUAUGUGCCAGCUGAUUUUGUAGAACAUGAAAAAAGAAAUCCUGGCAGUCAAAAGCGAUUUCCUAGCAACUGUGGCCGUGAUGGAAAACUAUUUCUUUGGGGACAAGCCCUUUAUGUUAUCGCAAAACUCCUGGCUGAUGAACUAAUCAGUCCUAAAGACAUCGAUCCUAUCCAGCGCUAUGUCCCACUACAGAAUCAACGUAACGUGAGCAUGAGGUUUUCCAAUCAGGGCCCACUGGAAAAUGAUCUGGUAGUUCACGUGGCACUCAUAGCGGAAAGCCAACGCCUUCAAGUUUUCCUCAACACGUAUGGUAUUCAGACUCAAACUCCUCAACAGGUAGAACCCAUUCAGAUAUGGGCACAGCAGGAACUCGUGAAAGCUUAUUUCCAUCUGGGUAUCAAUGAAAAGUUAGGACUCUCCGGAAGGCCCGACAGGCCCAUUGGCUGCCUGGGGACAUCAAAGAUUUAUCGCAUUCUAGGAAAGACUGUGGUUUGUUACCCUAUCAUCUUCGACUUAAGCGAUUUCUACAUGUCUCAGGAUGUUUUACUGCUGAUAGAUGACAUAAAGAAUGCAUUACAGUUCAUUAAACAAUACUGGAAAAUGCAUGGACGUCCGCUUUUCCUUGUUCUCAUCCGGGAAGACAACAUAAGAGGUAGCCGAUUCAACCCUGUGUUAGAUAUGCUGGCAGCUUUUAAAAAAGGAGUGGUUGGAGGCGUCAAAGUUCACGUUGAUCGUCUACAGACACUAAUAUCUGGAGCUGUAGUGGAACAACUUGACUUCCUACGAAUCAGUGACACCGAAGAGCUUCCAGAAUUUAAGAGUUUUGAGGAACGACAGCUUCCCAAACAUUCAAAAGUCAAACGACAAAGCAGCGCCUCGAGCACUCCAGAACUGGAGCAGCAGCCGGACGUCACCAUCACUGAGUGGAAGAACAGACCCACCGGGGAAAUUCUUCAAAAACUGCAUGACUGCAGCUGUCUGGCUAGCCAAGUCAUCCUGCUGGGUAUACUACUCAAAAGAGAAGGCCCCAACUUCAUCACAGAGGAAGGUACUGUUUCUGAUCACAUUGAGAGAGUCUAUAGAAGAGCUGGCAGCAAAAAGCUUUGGUCGGUGGUACGCUGUGCAGCAAGUCUUUUAAGUAAAGUAGUGGACAGCCUGGCCCCAUCCAUUACUAAUGUUUUAGUGCAGGGCAAACAGGUAACCCUGGGUGCCUUUGGGCAUGAAGAAGAGGUGAUCUCUAACCCUUUGUCUCCACGAGUGAUUCAGAACAUUAUCUAUUCCAAGUGCAACAGCCACGAUGAAAGGGAGGCAGUCAUUCAGCAGGAGCUGGUCAUCCAUGUCGGCUGGAUCAUCUCCAACAGCCCCGAGCUCUUCAGCGGCAUGCUGAAGAUCCGGAUUGGGUGGAUCAUCCACGCCAUGGAGUAUGAGCUACAGAUCCGCGGCGGAGACAAGCCAGCCACAGACUUAUAUCAGCUGUCACCUAGUGAAGUCAAACAGCUCCUGCUGGAUAUCCUCCAGCCGCAGCAGAAUGGGAGAUGUUGGCUGAACAGGCGGCAGAUCAACGGGUCUUUGAACAGAACCCCCGCUGGGUUCUACGACCGUGUGUGGCAGAUUCUGGAACGCACCCCCAAUGGCAUCGUUGUAGCGGGGAAGCAUUUACCACAGCAACCAACCCUGUCAGAUAUGACCAUGUACGAGAUGAAUUUCUCUCUCCUUGUAGAAGACAUGUUGGGAAACAUUGACCAGCCGAAGUACAGACAGAUCAUUGUGGAGUUACUAAUGGUCGUGUCCAUUGUACUGGAAAGAAACCCUGAGCUAGAAUUUCAGGACAAAGUUGAUCUGGACAAACUGGUGAAAGAAGCAUUUCGUGAAUAUCAAAAAGAUGAGAGUCAAGGAAAGGAAGUUGAAAAGCAAGAUGACAUGACUUCCUUUUACAACACUGCCCCCCUGGGACAGAGAGGCACAUGCAGCUACUUGACAAAGGUGGUAAUGAAUCUGCUGCUGGAAGGGGAAGUGAAGCCCAGCAGUGACGACCCAUGUCUGGUUAGCUAGUGACGAAGGUGUCAGAGGCUCUGUCGAGGCACGUUUCCGAGAAGUGUGUGAAGUUUGGAUUGAGCUUAAUCAAGGCAGCCACUCAGGAAUGGACUGAUCUUGCCGGGAGCCAGUUCCCCCCUUGGACAAAGUCAUGGCACCUCUUGCCUGCCCUGCCAUAGCUGAUCUCAUGGUUCAAAAUGCUUUGAAUCAAGUGCAGAAAGUUCUCUGAUUAUGCCAACUACAAUAAUAAUCAUUACUGAAUGGUAGAAAUAGUUUAUGAAUUGAAAGCUCACCACUGCAUGUUUCAUGAUCAAACGGCUCAUCAGAAUAAAUCAUUGCUCUUUGGACUAAAUUCCCCUGACUGCCAUUAAAAUGAGUUUGCCAAGUGGUAAUGCAUACUGGGAAUGAAAAGCUAGUGGAAGAGUGGUGGACUGUUGUAGGGGUGUCAUCAUCCUAGAAGAUUCUACUAGGAAUCAUUAAAGCCAAAUCAGCCAGCUGACAUUUUGAUUCUCAAAACCUGCAUUAUUGGUGAUAUUUUAGUUAUACAGAGCUAUUGUACACUGUUUACCUUGUAAACGUGACUGUGGUUUUGUAUUUGUGCUAACUAUAGGGUUGGACUAAAAUACAGUAAUAAAUCUGAUCAAACAUUUGUGA